GAGUUGUCUUUGACCCCACGCACGUUAGUGACGCGUGGUGGUUAUCCUUUUCUUUUUUUUCUAGCGCGGUUGAGACGCAUUAUAGUUAAUGGGCUUUUAUCUAUUGGGCUGGCUUCCAUUUUUAUAAGUUCUUAUCCUAAAGUGUCCAAAGAGCUAUCUGACAAAGUUUGUUGACCAAAGAUUAAACUACCCGAGAAGAUUUUGUUUACCAAACAAUAGCGACAUAUUCUUUAGGCAGACUGUUUAACAUUUGUCUCUGUUGCAUCAAAUGAGAAUCGAUGAACCUUCUUGUAGAUGACACAGGCCUUUUCUGAUUUUCUUUAUUAAUAUACAUUUCCAUCUCUUUUCUGAUUAUCAGUUACAUAUAGUAAGUCCCUUUUUUCAAUUAUAGUAAGUUUAAGUUUGACCAUCUGCCUGGUAAGCAUAUUUUAUAAGCAAAAUUUAUUCGGAGAAAGAAUUAAGCUCUAGAAAAGACCUAAGCAUAAGUUUUCUAAACUUUUUUUCUUGUAGACAAACGCAAGAAGAGUUUUAGCUGUAAAUCUAUCGUUUACUUUGAUAACAUUUCUCAUUGCUGUUAAUCUUAUUGAUUCGAGUAACUUCUUAAAUAGUAAGUACGUACAAAACAUUCAAGUGUUAUCAGUAUUUAAAGAAGUUAAGAAUAAUAAUCUCAAAUGGCUUAAUUGACGAAUAAUGAAAAAUUAGCAACCAGAAUGUGCCUAACUAUCUAUUGACCUUGAUGUGCCUAAUUAUUAUUGACCUUUGGUGUGCGGCGUGUGCCUAUAGUCUGAGACUUGUCAAGGUUAGAUAAGCUACUAAACGUUUAAUUGGCCCUUGUAGUUAUUUUGUGUGUAAUAGAGUACCAACCUCUUACAAUGAACUACGUUAAUCCAUUAAAUAAUGUUUUGAAAGAAAAUGAUACAUCUUCAGUGCUGCGUAUUACAUUUUUAUUUAAAUCUAUAAUAUCCAAUCAAAGGUUCUAACCUAAAACAUUCUAUCACUUAUAGUAGAAUUUAAAGUACAAUUAGUCAAAUGCUGAAAUCCAAAGACACAUAGAGAAGUUGUUAUAAACAAUGUAUGCAUGUAAGUCUCUAGAGAAUAGAGCUGCGUAUAGGUUAGGUUAAGGGAGGAAACUAAACAAGAGUGGAGAGUCUAGACUGUCUAGCGAUCAUUAACCAACCAGACCCCCUAGUUAAAUCACAAUACAAAAGAGUGGACUUUCGCUCUUAGUCUUUUGUUUCAUUGCUCUUUUGCCCGAUCUUCUAUUUAUUAUCAUAUCUCUUUCGUUAAUUCCUUAUUACAUAAUAUAAAGUAUGAACAGAUUCAUGCAUCAACGGGGAAAAAGAAGCAUGAAGUUGAAUAACAAUGAUGAACAACACAAGGUGGUGUCGUUACUUGGAAAAAACGUCGUGAAAGCUACUGUUUUCAUCGUUGUUUCUCUAUUCAUACUGGGCUAUCUCCAUUUUGUGAGUUUUAAAAUAAUAUAUAGGGAAAAUUGUCAAAACAGAAUAAAAAAACAGAAUGGUUGUCCCUAUGGUAUAAAUUCAACUUUGUCCAUUUUAUCUCUCUUUUACCCUUUUAUUUCUGAAACUUAAUAAAAUAAAUAGUUUUAUGAAUCAAAAAAAUUAUUAAAAAUAUAAACUAUUAAUGGAACACCAAUAUACAGAAGGACAUAUUUUUUAUUUUUUCAAAAACUUAAUAAAUAAAAUUUCCAAUUUACGUUCUACUAAAAGUAGAAAUCGUCUUCUACGGAAAUUGGGUUAGUAGAAUGCAAAAUCCAGAAUAAACACGUACAUCUACUUGUUUUGGAACGUAAAAUCUACUUUUGAUUCAAUAUCUAAAUAUGGGGAAUGCGAAUUCUACUAAUUGUAAAGAUAUCUACGUUUCUGAAAAAUGCAGUUUCUACUUUUAACAAGUAUUCUAACAUUUAUCGAACGUGAAAUCUGAAAACUACACAAACGUCUAAAGAAGGUAGAAAUUACAUUCCUUAUUAUUUUCAUGGUUCUACGCAUUGUAGAAGGUGUCUUCUACUAAUAAAAUCACCUGUUUUUGGCGAAAAUAAAGGAAAGUCAGUUAACAAAAUAUUCUAAAAAUAUUCUAACUUCCUAAAAUGGUUCUGCUCGAUUUUCUUUGUCAAUUUUUUUUUUAAAAAAUGAUUUUGCCUUUCUUCUUCAUGAAUCUAUGAUUUUUUCAUAGUUUCUCUUUUGAUUUUCAGAAACUUUUGUUCUAGAUUAGAUGCAUAUCUAUACAACAUGUGGUCUUUGGGAAUUAGGUGCAACUACGGGAUGGAUUUUUGAGGCUGAUGGCAAAGGGGGUAGGCUAUUGUUAGUGGAAUCAAAUUGUACUUUAGAUGAAUUAAAAAGGAUGAUUUUGGAGGAUUUUGGUAUGGAAGAAGAAAUCAUAGCCGAUUUGGAGUUAAGUUAUCUACCUGCUGAGUUGAUCAAUACUUCAGGAUGUCCACCUGUGAUCAUUGCAAACGAUCGUCAGCUUCAUAAUUUUGUUCGAUUUGUUCAAAAGAGUGCUUCUACUCGAUUGUGUGUAACAUGUAAAGCCAAGGCUGAGAAUCCGAAUAAAGAAGCCUUUGAUCUUAACAAACCGCCAGCUGAUCCAUGUACUCAUGAAGAGAAAGGAAACUCGUUUGACAAUGGGGACGAAUCAGCUCCUGUGUAUGCUGAGAGGCAGGGGAAUAAGAAGAAUGAAAAGCGGAAAGGAGUCGCAGUUGAUGAGGAUGGGGACUAUGAUGCUGAUACCAUGAUCUCUGAAAAAGAGAACAUACAUAAAAUGUCAAAGUUUUCUCUGCUCCAUGUUGUUAAGGUCGGACAAUUUUUUGAGAACAAAACUUUGUUGAAGGCGACUUUCGAGAUGUGUGCAAUGAAGCAUAACUUUGACUACCAGGUUAUCAAAACGGAUAGACAACUUUGGUAUGUUAGAUGUGCAGAUAAUGCAUGCAAUUGGGGUGUUCGAGCAGAGUGUCUGAAGGAUUCAUCAUAUUUCAUGAUCAAGAAGUAUGUCGGUAAACAUACAUGCGCACCUUCAAGCAAAACCAAAGCGGGUAAGACUGCUUCAGCAAAAACAAUAGGCAGUCUGAUUAUGCAUAAGUAUGUAGGCGUCAAGGAAGGGCCGAAAUGUAAUGAUAUCAUACAGAUUAUGCGUAGUGAUCAUGGAUGCGAGAUAUCAAAAUCUUUAGCAUGGGAUGCGCGUGAAUAUGCGAUCAGUGCAGUUAGAGGUAUUCCAGAGAGAAGUUAUGGGAAAAUACCAAAAUACUUGCACAUGCUGAGAGAGGCUAAUCCAGGUACACACACAUCCUAUGAGAUUGACGGAAAUGAGAACUUUCGUUACCUAUUUAUUGCAUUUGGGCAAUCGAUAAGAGGAUUUAACAGAGUCAUGAGGCGGGUUAUUGUGAUCGAUGGGACCUUUUUGAAGAAUAAAUACAAAGGAGUUUUACUGGUUUCUACGGCUUUAGACGGAAAUUCAAAUUUGUAUCCUAUUGCGUUUGGAAUAGUCGACUCAGAGAAUGAGCGUUCUUGGGAAUGGUUUAUGAGACAACUUAAGGUUGUCAUUGCAGAUGAUCAUGAUUUGGCUUUUAUUUCAGACAGACAUGGGUCUAUCGCUAAGGCAAUUGAAAACGUGUAUCCAUCAGCCAGACACGGGAUUUGUAUUCAUCAUUUGUUGAAUAAUGUGGUCACAUAUUUCCAUGGGAAAGGACUUGCUGGGUUGGUUUCAAAGGCGUCCAAGGCUUAUCGAGUUUCUGAGUUUGAGAAGACAUUUGCUACUGUGUGUAAUAUCAGUCCGGCAAUUGGAGAUUAUCUUAGGGAAGCUGAUGUGCAAAAAUGGGCUAGAUGUCAAUUCCCUGGAUACAGAUACGACAUAAGGACAACCAAUCCUGCUGAAUCUAUCAACUCUGCUUUGCGUUCACCGAGAGAGUAUCCAGUCAUCCCUUUGUUAGACAGUAUCAGGGAAAUGUUAACACAAUGGUUUUAUGAGCGUAAGAAACUGAUUUCAAAGCAUAAACAUCCUCUGACUAAAGAUGUAGAGAAAAAAAUAGAGAGGAGAAUCGGGAAAGGCGCCACAUUUGUAGUUUACCCUGUCAGUGCUGGUCGAUUGCUUGUUAGAGGUGAUAAAUUCGACUGCUUAGUUGAUUUGGAUAGAAGGACUUGUUCAUGUGGAAAGUACACCCUUAUGAAGAUCCCUUGUAGGCACGCAAUUAAAGCUGGUUUUCAUGUUGGAAGAGAGCCACACACAUUGACUGAUUUGAUGUAUACUACAGGAGCUUGGAGAGAAGCUUAUGAAGAAAGCAUAAAUCCUAUUGAUGUUCCUGAGGAUGCUUGGUCUAUACCAGAAGAUGUUAAGAAAGUCAUUGUUUUACCACCACAGACAAGAAGAUCAGUUGGAAGAAAAAGAAAACGCAGAUAUGAAACUGCGGAAGACAAAAUUCGGUCAUCGCAAAUAUCACGAAGAAAGCAGCCUCGGAAGUGUAGUAGAUGUGGUAUUAGUGGGCACAACAGAGCAACUUGUCAAGUACCAAUAUAGUCAGUCACAAAUGGUUGCUCUGUUCAAGUUUGCAAGUGGCGGUAGAUGGCGAGCUAGGCGAGCUUAUUUCAAAGUGCAUUCUCAUCAUUUGGAUAAAUUUCACAGGUUGCUUUGUACGGUUUUUUUCUUCUAAACACUAUAGGUUCUCUUUUCAAUUGGAUAAAUUUCGUUUGGAUUUUUU